AUGACACAACCUUCACCAUCCUCCGCCUUCUGUAUACAUGCUUCUUUGAUGAAACCAUUAUCUAACAUAUCAUUGAGCAAUAUUGGAUUUAGUCUCCAUAGCAGGCUUGAUUACCUCAAUGCCACUGUUUGCUUCUCAUUGGCCGCCAGAUCAUAUAAUGAUAAACUUGAAGCUUGGGAGCCUCUUGUUGAACCUGUUGAUGGUGUCUUAAGGUGCAGCCCAAAAUAUCCUUGUCUGUACACGAAGAACUGCAUCUUGGGGAGCACAUAUCUGCUCAUCUGGGACCUACAAUCCAUUUCUUCAAUUUAUGUCCCUGUAGAAGCGUAUCUGUAUUUUGUGGAUAAUGGCCGAUUCUCUGUGGAUGGUGUGCUUUUCGAUAAUCCAGUGACUCCAUCAGCAGCUUUUACUGGAGUACCAUUUGUAGAUGUUGUGACUACAAUGCUUGGUCCAACUAUUCCUCUUACAACUGCAGAAUGGGAGGAAUGGGGUGAUCCUCGGAAAGAAGAGUUCUACUUUUACAUGAAAUCAUAUUCACCAGUUGAUAAUGUUGUCAAGAGUGAUAUUCAAGAUGUGAUUGAUAAAGAUGGUGAGGGGUUCACUAUGGUCACAAAAAAAGCUGGAAAUGCAGGGACUGCUACUGUGAAGGGGAUAUCAGCAGAAUCCUGUCCUACUUCUGAUCUGUUGGUCAAUAAUUCUGACAGUGGUCAAACUGAGGUUAUAGAAUCUAAGUGUGAUACCAGUGUGAAUUCCAAUCUUGGGAACCAUGAUUGUUUAAAUCCUAUGAAUGAUAUCCUUGAUACCAUAAAUAAUUGUCAUAAACGGAUUACUCUACCAUACACAGGGGACAAAUACCUGCUUCAUAAACAAAGCACAAAAUGGAUCACAGUUAUGACAAUGGCGCCUCCAAGGCUGGAAAACGGUGCCGGGGUGUUAGAUAAGCCAGUAAUAGAGAAAACAACUCCUGGAAGAGAGUCUGAGUUUGACUUGAGGAAAUCAAGGAAAAUGGCACCACCAUAUAGAGUGAUGCUACACAAUGACAACUACAACAAGAGGGAAUAUGUUGUGCAAGUGUUGAUGAAGUUAACUAGAAUUGGUCGAGAUGCAGUUUUAUAUGUUGAGUCGCUCGUUGAGUCAAUCAUGGGAGGAUUUGAAGAGCUAAUCAACAUUCUUGGUUCUGAAGGAGCAUCUACCAAAAGUCAGCUGAAACUACAAAUGGCUUUUGAUGGGCAGGAAAGAUAUAUGAAGAGAUCUUGGGAGCCAAGUGAUAAAGCUGAUCUUCACUUUGUCUACAAAGAUGUUGAAGGAGUAUCAACUCAAUGGGAUGAUAUUCAAAGAAAACUCAGGAACUUACCUCCUAAACCCUCUGCCUUCAAACCCGAUCCCUUCACUCCUACAGAAGAUGAAGAUUCCAAACCUAAAACCAAAUCUCAGAUCGAUAAAAAGACAGAAGAACUCAAAGAUUUAGAAGAUGAUCUUGAUGAUAGUUGUUUCCUCAAAGAAUACAAAAAGAGGUUAGCAGAGAUGAAGCAAACAGUGGAAGUUUGA